AUUCGACUAACCACUUCUCCAUCUCCUCCCUACCACCUCUAUUUUCUCCAAACAUUUGUUUCGGCUCUCUUUCCCAUCAUCUGUCGCUCUCCUUCGUCCCCUCUCUGUCACUGUGGGAGAGCUGCAGGCAGACAGAGGCAGCGCACACUAAUGUUACUAUAUUUGACAAGGCACACACACAUGCACGACUGCACACACAAACAGAAGAGGAGGAGGAGGAGGAAGGGGAGCAGCGACACUUAAAGACUCACCGGAAAGCCACACACACACACAGACACACAGACAUCCACGCUCCAACGCGUGCUGACUGCUGGAAUCACAAACAUAGCGCCACAGAAAGGGGUAGCGCAUGACGCCAGCGACCGAACGCUGUUGUCUCCCUCUCUGAGACACACGCACAAUCCUUCCUUCUCAGACGCUCGAUAGCCGGCGAGCAGGACAGCACUGGACGUAUCAUUUCUAUAGGAAAAAAGAUCAGAGGCAAAGGAUUAACUAUCUCCAUCCCUCUAAGGACCUUAUCCUCUCUUUCCUCCUUGUGUAUCUAAGCCUCUUUUCACCUAAUUUUUUUUAACAAAAUCCCUCCCUUUCCUCAAUUCAUUGGUGAGCUGAGAGAUUCUCUGUACAGAAAAAAAGGAUUAUUCUUUUAUUGUAUUUGACCAGGACGUUGCAUGGAUUUCCCGAGCAGAGGAGAGUCGUCGAUAUUUUGUCCUGUGGGAGAUUUUGACAUGUUUUGAGCUACAUUCAUGGAUGGAUGGCUGACAGCAGAGAGCUGGGAGCCUGCUGCUGACUGACACACUUGCUCCAAAAGGUGACUUGCUGCAGCUUUUUUUUUUAAGGCUGCAGCCAUGACAGCUUGACCCCAUCUUUGCUUCACCCCGAAGGGUUCAGAGAUGCCCCCUCACACUCACCCUCCUGGGGGUACCGGCCUGCCUCCCACAAACUCUGCUGCCGACUUGGCCAGAUCGGUCUUCCUCGGUAUCCUCUGCCUCUUGGCUGCACUGCUGCCGCCGGCCUCCCCCUGCCCUCCUCCCUGCCUCUGCUCCUCCGAUGACCUUGUGGUGGACUGCGGAGGACGUGGUCUCUCCUCUCUGCCUCCUUUGCACCUCCUGCCUCAGAGAAGCCGCUCUCUCCUCCUCACCAACAACAAGCUCGCCUCGCUGGAAGCCUCUGCUUUUGCUAACCUCUCCUCACUAGAGGAGUUAGACCUCUCCAACAACUACCUGGAUAAUUUGCCAGGUGGAUUAUUCAGAGACAUGUCAAACCUGACAAGACUGACUCUACACAACAAUUCCCUGACAGUUAUGGACAGAGAACUCUUUCAGGGUCUAGGCAGUCUACAGAGUCUGGACCUGUCAUUAAAUGGUCUGUCCACAGUUCCUCUCGGACUCCUUGAUGAGCUACAGAAGCUCAGGUGGCUGUCACUAGCAGGUAACAGGCUUCAUGGUUUGGAGAGGGCAGCGUUUGAGCCACUGGCCAACCUGCAACACCUGGAACUGGGACACAACCCCUGGGAGUGCGACUGCAAUCUGCGUGAUUUCAAGCACUGGAUGGAGUGGCUGCUGUACCGAGGGGGGAAGGUGGAUGCCAUGGAGUGCACGCUCCCCAAAGACCUGCGUGGGAGAGACAUCCGUGGCGUUCCGGUGGAAAUGUUCAACUACUGCCUCCAACUGGAAGACGAGAACGGAGGGGGCGGUGAGGGUUCUCGAUCUGGACAAGGAGGCGGCCCUCCGUGCAGCAGGAGCGCUCUCAACCCAAGCGGGGUGACGCCGGCCUCCGACAGCAGCGUCGACGGCUCCUCAGCGACCGCUGGAGGAGGCGACGCGCCGCCAGAUUGCGUCCGAGCCCGCUACCGACCUGUUAGUGUGCGGCGCGCCAUUGGCACGGUGGUGAUCGCUGGCGUGGUGUGCGGCAUUGUUUGCAUCAUGAUGGUUGCUGCGGCUGCUUACGGCUGCAUCUAUGCCUCCCUGAUGGCCAAAUACCAGAGAGAGCUAAAAAAGAGACAGCCGCUGAUGGGAGACGGCGAGGCCGACGGGGAAGACAGGGAGGAGAAGCAGAUCUCCUCUGUCGCCUAAAAGAACACUGGGAAUUUGUCACGGAGGCUAGAGGUAAUAUCAGAAUGGGACGGAAAUAUUAAAAAGGGCUCACACAGGAGACUGACUCUGAACUGACACUUCUCGACUUCCUCUUUCUAUUUUUAGUCCGUUCCCUCCCCGCCCUUCUCCCCCUUACAAAUCUCCACACACACCUCAUCUUCUUCUUCUUCCCCAGUUUCCUGCUAAACUUGGAUCCAUUCUCUCUUGCAGUACUUGUUAGUGCAAAUUGCCUGCCAUCCACCCACUCGCUGAAUUUGCCAUUAAACCGGUUUGGAGAAGGAAAUAUCAUAAAUUUGGGAAACAUAUCAUCAAAUCUGUGUUGUCGGUAUUUAGAAAUUUAGAGCAGAAAUUCAGGGAUUCUUUACAUAAAUGGCGUCGAUUCCUACAAAUUAGUAGAAUUUGAGCUUCUAAAAACAUGAAGAAUUGAUAAACAACUCAUAAAAAAAAGCCAGAUUUUGUUGAAGAGGAGUGUCACUGCUUCGCUGGACUACAUCUCCUUUAUAUCUUGGGUUUUCUGCAAGCUGACAACUAAAUAUUAUCGCAUGGGAAUGUCACAUGAAAGUCAGCGUUCAAGACAAUUCAGAAAAAAGGACAAAUUGCUGUGUGUGCAUCCUUUCUGAUGUGAUGAAAGCACUCAAAGUCAAUUAAGCUUCUGGAUCCGAACAGAUUCUGACAGAUGGACGGAAAAAAAUAAAUAAAAAAACUCACAGACUGUUUAAAAAGACAGAUUUUACCUCUGGAUGGGAAUACUUCUUGAAAAUGGCAUGAUCAAAUCUUAAAGGAACUCGAUCAAGGACUACAAAAACUCCUCUAUAAGGACUACAAAUAUCCGAUUCCUGCACUUUAUUCCUCUAAUCAGACCCCUCUUUUUCCCUCCCCUCUCUUUUUUCUAAGAUAGAUAAAUUGCCAAGAAGAAUUAUAAAGAAAAGAAUUAUUCAAAAGCUGCUAUUUUUCUUCUUUAUUCUUUUAUCUCGAUGUCCAUCGUUUCAUGCAGAGCUAUCUGUGAAAAGCUUGUCACGCACUUUCACCUCUCUUUUGCGCCUCCUAAAUUGUUGCUCUUUUGUUUUUAUUAAACAACCUGCAAUAUGCACUAGAAGUGUUGUCCCUCUGUUAAAAAAAGGGUGCACUGAUUGCGUUCUUUGAGCGUUUUUGCAGAGUUCCGUUAUCGGCAAAGGCCUUUAAAGUGAGCUAAGUAGCAUUCAUUGCACAUGUUUCUCCUGAAGAAAAAAGUUGUUCUCUUUGGGUUCAUAGAUUGGCUUCAACUUAUAUGAAUGGUGUGUUUUCUUAUACCUUGGAUAUGAUGCAGAUAUAUAAAUAUAUAUAUUAUCAUGCUAGUUUACUAUAAUGUAUUGGCCCAAACCCAAAUGUUUUUGGUGUUUCCAUGACGGAUUUCCUGUAAAAACCAUGAUGUGUGUGAUCAUUUCUUGUGUCCAUUAUUAUUCAGGUAAAGUUUUGCUAAGAAACAUGGACAGAGUUUAGAAUUUGCAAAAAUAAAAAAUGCUCAUAUGGGAAAUUUGCACAAAUUUACAUGUCGGAGGAUUUUUUUUUUUUUUUAAGCAAAAGCUAGAUAGCCAUUAACAGUCUGUAAAUCACAUCAAACAAUGUGAUAGAACAGUGAAGAUAAAUAUAUUUAUUUAUUUAUUUAGGAUGUCUCCAAGCAAGUGCUAUGUAGUUAAAGUAUAGUUAAAUACAGUUAAAUAAUUAAAAAACAAUAAUAACACAACAAAAAAUGCUUAAAUUGGAAAAUAAAAGUGCAAAGGAAGCAGCAGGAAGUACCCAUGACCCACUUCCUGUUACCCUUUAGCUCAACUAACUGAACUUUUAUAAGAAGGCGGGUUUAAAAAGUGUCAAUCUGUUGCUUUAAAUUAUGUUAGGUAACUGCAUAAAAAAAUCUUACAGAGGUUUCCUUAGAUUAAUAAGUUCUGCAUAAAUAUUUGAAUCAGAAAAUGAUGUGUUACAAUAAAAAAAAUAUGUUUUUAGUGCACAAAUACAUUGAAAUUAAAAGCUAAAAUAUACAAAUCAAGAAUUGUAUUUUAUUUUGCCCACAAUUCCGAGUUUUUUCCAAAAAGUUUGCAUCAUUUUCCACUAGUUAAGGAUAGUUGGAAAGAGGAUUUCAAUGCAAAUCUGUUAGCAAGUGAGGGAAAUAUGCUUUUUAGCAAUCACUCAAAUGUAACCAUAUGGUUUAAGUAGCUAAUUAAGUAAAAUUGGAAACAUAAACAAAGGGUGGGUUACUAGAAACAAAAGUGAUAUUAUAAAAAAACAAACCUAAACUGGAAAAAUGAAGGAGAGAUUAUUGGAACGGUGUCCCAGUGGUAGAAUCUAUGGAACCAAUCUGGAUGAAUUUGAGUCCACACGGAAAUUUUGGAGAUGUGGACAAAAUUUGAUGGCUUGAGUUGAUUUUUUUGUCUAAUCCUGUUGUAAUGUGCAAACUCUCAUUUGGAUACAUGAGCCCUACAGAAAUCAUAGUGUUAAAACUGGGCAGAUUAACUCUGGUUUUAAAUAUUUAGCUUUAUAAGUAAAGUAAAAUGCUGCUUCUUGACAAUUGUCCUUAAAAAAAAGGACAAAUAUGAGCAGGAGCUGAUCGCGACCACUUUAUAAUAAAGUCACAGACACAUUCAUGUCAAACUUUGAGCUUUAACAUAUCUAAACUCUGUCUAUGAAUCCACAAACACACCCAAAUGUUCUCCAUUCUACAGGCCUUUUCAUGUCAGUUGCUACGUUUCUCCCUUCAUCCAGCUCACCCCCCAUCACGAAUCAAGAAUAGUAGUUUCUAAGUAAAAGCUACAGGGGGGGAAAAAAAGGGUAUUUGGGAGUCACCAUUACUGCAACCUAUCCUCCUUAAAAAAGAUGGUAGAAGUUUGUAAUGUUCUAAACUUCAACUGACAGUAUACAGAGAAAACUAAACAAUUCAAGGAAAUAACAUUGAUAACAAUGGUGCAGCAAAAUAAGUGUUUGGUUAGUAAAAAAAAAGUUUUCGUCAACAGUUUGUAAUGUAACCUGGUUGUUAAUGACAGAGGUCAAACAUUUUAACCAUGUUUGGUCCAUUCUUCCCUACAGAUCUUCUCAAGAGUUGAGAUGUUUUAGGGGCUGUUGCUGGGCAACAUGAGCUUUCAACUCCCUCCCCAGAUUAGAUUGAGGUUUGGAGGCUGGUUACGUCACUACAGAACCUUGAGGUGCUUUUAAAGCACUCCUUUGUUGCUCAGACCAUGUGUUUGGGAUCAUUGUCAUGGUGGAAGAUCCACCAAAAAUCUCCCUACAUGAUCCAAUUCUUUCUUUCCUUAGGAUGAAUGAGUCGUCCUGUCCACUUAGCAUGAUGCUUCCACCCUCAUGCUUCACAGUGGGAAGGGUGUUAUUGGAGUCUAACUCCCUUCCAAACAGUAAGAGGUGUUUUUAUGGGUCUAGCUCUCUUCAGUUCAUUCCCAUUAUAGUUCUGGGAGAUCUUGCAUGGAGAUUGUCAGUGAUCUUGUAUUUGAUCCAUUUUCUAAUAAUUGCUGAAACAGUAGAUCUCUCUUCUCAAGCUGCUUCCUUAUGAGCCACUAGAGAGGACCUUCCUUGCAACAUGUUCCAAAAAAGAUGAAGAAAAAGUCAUCUGGAUGUGUCUUGAUUUAUUGAAGUUCAUUAUAGACACAGAUAACACAAGUUAUGUAAACGAUCACAGAAAAGAUUUAUUUCCAAAAUAAAUUGCAACUAAAGUGGUCAACAAAAAAUACUGGGGCGUCUUGGAACCAACAGAACCAAAAAAAAAAAAAAAAAAACCCAGGUGACAGGUCCUCCUAAUAAUGUCUCUCCUCAUCACAUGACAAAAAGUGAAAUCAUAAAUAAACACGAUCAUGGUUGCUACGCUGUGCAUGCGUGGGUUUUCUCCAGCUUCCUCUAGCUUACUCCUAAUUAACUCUAAGUGUGAAUGCGAGUGUGUGGUUGUGGCCCUGCGACAGAUUGGCGACCCGUCCAGGGUGCACCCUGCCUUCGGCCACGAGUGGCUGGUUAGGUUCUGGUACCCCUGUGACCCCGAAAGGGACAAAACGGCUUUAGAAAACGGAUGUAUGGUUUAUCCCAGUCUUGUUCACGUCUACAAUCUUGUAACUGGUGUCCUUUGACAGCUCUUUGGACUUGGUGGAAAGGUUGCAGUUUAAAAAUCGUUUUACAUUCCGUCUCUCAUUGUUGAUAGAAAUGUUCACACCUCUACCAUCUGUUUAAGGGAGACAAAAAGCAGAAUCUGUAAAUGCCAAAUCCUUUUUUUUAUUUUUGGCUUCAGCGAUGCUAAUCGAGAGGUUUUCUGUCUGCAGAUUGCAGAACUCUUGGGUGUGUUGUGUUAUCAUGAUGAUUGUGAUUACUGUGAUGAUAACUUGACAAUGGCAACAAAGAAUUAUGCAUUAUUUGGAAUAAAAACAUAUCACGCCUC